CCCACCCCUGCUUCAUCCAGCCUUUUCCAGUGCAGCCACUGCCGCCGCCCGGGAGCCCUCGUCCCUUUCCUCGUCCCCCUCCUCGUUCCCGCUCCAGCGCCAUGGAGCCGGACACCGCUGCAUUGGCAGCCACCGUGGCAGCCGCUGAUGCGACCGCCACAAUCGUGGUCAUAGAGGACGAGCAGCCGGGGCCGUCCACCUCCAAGGAGGAGGGAGCGGCCGCCGCGGCCACCGCGGUCACCGAAGCCACCGUGGCCACGGAGAAGGGCGAGAAGAAGAAGGAGAAAAACGUUUCUCCAUUUCAACUCAAACUUGCUGCUAGAGCUUCUAAAUCUGAAAAGGAAAUGGACCCAGAAUAUGAAGAGAAAAUGAAAGCAGACCGAGCCAAGAGAUUUGAAUUUUUACUGAAGCAGACAGAACUUUUUGCACAUUUCAUUCAACCUUCAGCACAGAAAUCUCCAACAUCUCCUCUGAACAUGAAAUUGGGACGUCCUCGAAUAAAGAAAGAUGACAAGCAAAGCUUAAUUUCUGCUGGAGACUACCGCCACAGGCGCACAGAACAAGAAGAAGAUGAAGAACUACUCUCAGAAAGUCGGAAAACAUCUAACGUGUGUGUUAGAUUUGAGGUGUCACCUUCGUAUGUGAAAGGAGGACCAUUGAGAGAUUAUCAGAUUCGAGGACUGAACUGGUUGAUCUCUUUGUAUGAAAAUGGAGUCAAUGGUAUUUUGGCUGAUGAAAUGGGUCUUGGUAAGACUUUACAAACGAUUGCUUUGCUUGGUUACCUGAAACAUUACCGAAACAUUCCCGGACCUCACAUGGUUUUAGUUCCAAAGUCUACUUUACAUAACUGGAUGAAUGAAUUUAAGCGAUGGGUCCCAUCUCUCCGUGUUAUUUGUUUCGUCGGAGACAAGGAUGCGAGAGCUGCUUUUAUUCGUGAUGAAAUGAUGCCAGGAGAAUGGGAUGUUUGUGUUACUUCUUAUGAGAUGGUAAUUAAAGAAAAAUCUGUAUUCAAAAAGUUUCAUUGGCGAUACCUAGUCAUUGAUGAGGCUCACAGAAUAAAGAAUGAAAAGUCUAAGCUUUCAGAGAUUGUUCGUGAGUUCAAGUCAACUAACCGCUUGCUCCUAACUGGAACACCUUUGCAGAAUAAUCUGCACGAACUCUGGGCGUUACUCAACUUUUUAUUGCCUGAUGUCUUUAAUUCUGCAGAUGACUUUGAUUCUUGGUUUGACACUAAAAAUUGUCUUGGUGAUCAAAAACUUGUGGAAAGACUUCAUGCAGUUUUAAAACCAUUUUUGUUACGUCGUAUAAAAACUGAUGUAGAGAAGAGCCUGCCUCCUAAAAAAGAAAUAAAGAUUUAUUUGGGACUGAGUAAAAUGCAACGAGAAUGGUAUACAAAAAUCCUGAUGAAAGAUAUUGAUGUUUUAAACUCUGCUGGCAAAAUGGACAAGAUGCGACUUUUAAACAUUCUGAUGCAGCUUCGAAAGUGUUGUAAUCAUCCUUACCUGUUUGAUGGUGCUGAGCCUGGUCCACCUUAUACCACUGAUGAGCACAUUGUCAGUAACAGUGGUAAAAUGGUAGUUCUUGAUAAACUAUUGGCCAAACUCAAAGAACAGGGUUCAAGGGUUCUCAUUUUUAGCCAGAUGACUCGCUUGCUGGAUAUUUUGGAGGAUUAUUGUAUGUGGCGUGGUUAUGAGUAUUGUCGACUGGAUGGACAAACCCCACACGAAGAAAGAGAGGAUAAAUUCCUAGAAGUGGAAUUACUGGGUCAGAGGGAAGCAAUAGAGGCCUUUAAUGUUCCGAAUAGUAGCAAAUUCAUCUUUAUGCUGAGUACAAGGGCUGGAGGUCUCGGAAUUAACCUGGCAAGUGCUGAUGUGGUAAUACUAUAUGAUUCAGACUGGAAUCCACAGGUUGAUCUACAAGCUAUGGAUCGAGCACAUCGUAUUGGUCAGAAGAAGCCAGUACGUGUGUUCCGUCUCAUCACUGACAACACUGUUGAAGAAAGGAUUGUAGAAAGAGCUGAGAUUAAACUGAGACUCGACUCAAUUGUUAUACAACAAGGAAGACUCAUUGACCAACAGUCUAAUAAGCUAGCAAAAGAGGAAAUGUUGCAAAUGAUACGUCAUGGGGCCACACAUGUUUUUGCUUCUAAAGAAAGUGAGCUGACAGAUGAAGACAUUACAACUCUUCUGGAAAGAGGGGAAAAGAAGACUGCAGAGAUGAAUGAACGCUUGCAGAAAAUGGGAGAGUCUUCUCUGAGAAAUUUUAGAAUGGACACUGAACAAAGUUUGUACAAGUUUGAAGGAGAAGAUUAUAGAGAGAAACAGAAGCUUGGUAUGGUGGAAUGGAUUGAACCUCCUAAACGAGAACGCAAAGCAAACUAUGCAGUGGAUGCCUACUUUAGAGAGGCUUUACGUGUCAGCGAGCCAAAGGUUCCAAAGGCUCCACGACCUCCAAAGCAGCCAAAUGUUCAGGAUUUUCAGUUUUUCCCACCACGUUUAUUUGAGCUUCUGGAAAAGGAAAUUCUUUAUUAUCGGAAGACAAUAGGCUAUAAGGUCCCAAGGAAUCCUGAUAUCCCAAAUCCAGCUGUGGCUCAAAGAGAGGAGCAAAAAAAGAUUGAUGGAGCUGAACCUCUUACACCAGAAGAGACUGAAGAAAAGGAAAAACUUCUCACACAAGGAUUCACAAACUGGACUAAGCGAGAUUUUAACCAGUUUAUUAAAGCUAAUGAAAAGUAUGGAAGAGAUGACAUUGAUAAUAUAGCUCGAGAGGUGGAGGGCAAAUCCCCCGAAGAGGUCAUGGAGUAUUCAGCUGUAUUUUGGGAACGUUGCAAUGAAUUACAGGACAUUGAGAAAAUUAUGGCUCAGAUUGAACGCGGAGAAGCAAGAAUUCAACGAAGGAUCAGUAUCAAGAAAGCCCUGGAUGCCAAAAUUGCAAGAUACAAGGCUCCAUUUCAUCAGUUACGUAUUCAGUAUGGAACCAGCAAAGGAAAGAACUAUACUGAGGAAGAAGAUAGAUUCUUGAUUUGUAUGUUACACAAAAUGGGCUUUGAUAGAGAAAAUGUGUAUGAAGAAUUAAGACAGUGUGUACGGAAUGCUCCUCAGUUUAGAUUUGACUGGUUUAUCAAGUCUAGAACUGCCAUGUUCAAGUUGAAUAAAAAGAAGAGAAGAUGCUAAUUUUGGUGCUUUGUAAGAUGAGAUAUUUCUUAAAACUUCAACACAAAUUUAGAGUGUUCUUGGAUUGUUAUUAGAAUGUGCCUAUCAAGUUUAUGGAAUACAUAAUGCUGGGAGAGCUAGCAAAUACUUUGGGUCAAGCCAAGAUCCAAAAGGAACUAGAGCAAUUGGAAUGAUAGGUGGGUUGACUCUCACAACAUGACAUUUAAUAGGGAUAAAUGUAAAGUGCUAUACUUGUACAAAAGAAUAUGCAGUGUGUAUAUGUUAAUAAGAUACAGUAGGAAGAAUUGAGAAAAGAAUAAAAAAGAUAAGAAUGAAUCUGUAGCAUGAAGGACUGAGGUUGGAUGUAGGGAAGAGUUGUUUGACAGAGUUCUUUGCAUCACUGAAAUAGAUGAUUGAAGAACAAUGUAGAAUAGCUUUUCUAUAAGCCUUGAAAAUGAGAUUCUAUUUUGACUGUCUGAAGACUUUGACAGUGAGCUAGUUGGCCUUAAAAGGUGCCUUCUAGCUCGGUGCAUCUGUGACCAUGUUUAGCAGAGAACUCCUUUCAAAAGCCAUGCAUUUAACAUUUUUAGCCAUUUGGGAUUUUAUGCGUGUAAUGAUCUAAUUUAGAGCAGCAUCAAUAACUUGUAAAAAACAAUUGCCUACCUGCAUUUGUCGGUUAAUCAUGUUUUAGAUCAUACCUGCCCUUUUAUGUGAUGUAACAUUUGCUGAAUUUUGAGUAUUAUUUCAGUGAUAUUUUACUAAUUUUUUAAAAGGUUGAUAGUUUAAUGCUGUUUUCAGUUUCCGGAAUCAUUAGACUAAAACAGUAGGAUGAAACACAUGCAAAGAAAAUCUUAUGUUAUUUGUAAUAUGAACAUGACUGUAGAACUAUGUAAUCUUAUUUCAUCUUCCAAGAAAAAACCCAAUAUAUUAACAACCACUAGAUGUCUCUGAACUCCCUUGUAAAUAAUCUUUUUAUCCUCCAUCUUCUUUCUGCAAGACAUUUACUUCUUUCUUUACUAAGAGAUAUAAAUCUCUAAUGUAUAUUUUCCAAAGAACAGAUGUUAACCAUAUAGAUGAUUGCAAAAUGAAACCUUUAUUUUGUUGUCUGUUAAAAAUGAAGACACCUCUGUCCUUAAUUACCUUCCGGAGGGUGGAAUUUAUGAUUUCUAAAGAAUCUUUAAAACGUGUAAUAGUUUAUUUCAUAUUUAAGUACUUUAAUCCAAAUUUUUUUGUUUAUUAAAUUUCUAUCAUAUUGUUUUUA